AUGAGAACUCGACGGGGAAUUUGCUAUCCAGAAGUCAAUACCAUGUGUUACGAGAAGAGAAGGAGAGAUGGCAAUUUGGCCGGAGCACAGAUGAUACUCAGCCGGAAAAGGCUCAAAUCGUCAUCUGGAACACCGGUGGUAAAUGCUUCAAGUCACUGUGAUUUCUUCGAUACGCUUCCUGACGACAUCGUUUUAUCUAUCCUUGCGAAGCUCGGCUCCACCGUCGGUUGUCCUGCUGAUUUCAUUAGCGUUUUAUCAACAUGUAAGAGAUUUAACGGAUUAGGACUUCAUUCUCUUGUGUUAUCUAAGGCUUCAUCUAAUUGUUUCGCCGUUAAAGCUAAAAAGUGGUCGGAAUCGUCUCACCGGUUUCUUAAGCGAUGUUCUGAUGCCGGCAAUGCUGAAGCUUCUUACACACUCGGCAUGAUUCGUUUCUACUGUUUGCAAAAUCGAGGAGGCGGAGCAUCAUUCAUGGCGAAGGCAGCGAUUCGAUCUCACGCUCCGGCUUUAUACUCGCUCGCCGUGAUUCAGUUUAACGGCAGCGGCGGACUGAAGAACGACAAGGACCUCCGUGCCGGAGUUGCUCUAUGUGCCCGCGCGGCGUUUCUCGGCCAUAUCGACGCUCUCCGGGAACUUGGACAUUGUCUACAAGACGGUUACGGCGUGAGUAAAAACAUCGCCGAAGGCCGGCGUUUGUUGAUCCAAGCAAACGCCCGUGAACUCGCCACCGUUCUUUCAACUACUCCGGCGACAUUGCUUUCCGGUAAACACCUGACGUGGAACCCGCUCCCACACCUCAUGGGCCCAGGGUGCCCGUUACUUAGUGAUUUCGGAUGUAAUGUUCCGGCUCCGACACCUCAUCCGGCGAACCAGUUUCUUUCCGAUUGGUUUUCCGAUAAACCUCCGUGUCCGGAGCUAAGGUUAUGCUCCCAUGGCGGUUGUGGUAGACCGGAGACGAGGAGGCAUGAGUUUAGACGGUGUUCGGUGUGUGGAGAUGUGAACUACUGUUCACGCGCGUGUCAAGCACUCGACUGGAAAUUGCGUCACAAGGCGGUGUGUAGACCAGGUGUCGACAAUGGUGGAUUUAACGGCAAUGUUAAUGAAAAUGAUAUUAUGGUGGUUGAGAGAUGAAACGAAACGACGACCGGAAAGGUCAAAAAUAUACCUUAAUUUUGACUGUAACGUCUAUGGAAUGGAGUGUAGACAAAGCAAAGGGCUGCCGGAAUUUAUGAUUCCGUCCCGUUAUCACUUAGUGCACUCGCAAAUCUCAGGAUUAC